AUGGCACCUACGCGCUCUCCACCCAAGCCCUCGCUCACACAGACCACCCUGAAAGACGCCUUUACGCGAAGCUCCGUGCUCACAACAUCCAAUAACGCGAAUCGAGUAGCCAAGAAGCAAUCGCCAGCCAAAUCCAAGUCAAACGCGAACUCGUCUAGCUCAAGCGCGUCCGAAAAUGACAAGACAGAUGUGUUGAUGGCCAUCAAGCCUGUGCACAUGGCCAAUAUUGCCAGCCGACAAAAGAAUCACGAAUACCGCAAGUACCGACUACGCGAUGGGGUUACACGAUUGUGGUUUUAUGAAACGGGCGAUGGUGGCAAGGGUCGAGCUUCUAUUACGUAUGUAUUUCCUGGCCACUUUACGCGCUCACUAUUUCUUUACUUCUCCCACUUAUACUUAGGCAUUGUCAGACAUGUCGCGGUUAUCCCAGAGUCCACACGCCAUACCCCUGGCUCUGUGCCAAUUGAGCCAUUCGGGAUCGGUAAUGAAGAUUUCAAUGCCGGAUUGAAGCAGUCGAAGUACGGAUACCCUAUCGUGGAGCUUUACGAGCUGGUUCGCCCUGUGACUUUGAAAGAAAUGAAGGAUCAGUGGGGCAUGGGGGCUCCUAUGGGUUGGCAAUAUGUUCCGCCGCAUUUGUGGGAAGAUCGAUGGGGAAAGGACGAAGACCGAGAGGACAAGGUGAAGAAGUUGUUCUGA